AGAGAGAGGGCAGGAAGGAGAGCACACAGGCGGAGAGUGUUUUAUGCUUCAGAGGGUGGAAGGAGCGAGAGAGAGAGAGAGAGAAAGAGGUGUGGCAGGAAGUGCUACAGUAAGUGACGCAUUCUUGUAUUAUUUCGAACAGGAAGAGAAAUUAAGAGACUGAAAACAAGGCGACCAAGGGCAGAUGCAGUGAAGAUACUGAAACAGUCCUCAGCAGACGCUAAUUUCGUCUUAAGGCAGAGCGAUGUCAUCACAUUCCCCUCAGCCAGAAGGACAGGAGGUUGGGGAGCAGCAUGGAGCUGAGGAAGCGGUGGCUGAGAAGCAGCUGGGGGGGAAAGGGACCCUGGAACAUCAGCCGCACCCUCAGCCACAGCAACUGCAGCCAGAGCCGUGUGACCAGGGGCAGGCCUCAAAGACCCGCCAGUCCGCAGUUCCCUGUAAACCCCCGGGGAUCGCUGAGCUCAGGCUGGUGCUGCUGGGCCGAGUUGGCUCGGGGAAGAGCGCGGCAGCCAACGCCGUCCUCGGCCGGGGGGAGUUCGAGACGGGGGACGACGACGCAGAGGACGUCAUUCAGAAGUGUGAGAAGAGGAGGGGCACUGCUGCUGGGAGACAGGUGGCAGUGGUGAACACGCCGGAUUGGUUCAGCUCACAGCACCCCCCAGAGGAAGUGGUGAGUCAGCUCUCAGCCUGCGCGGCCCUGGCUGCCCCGGGCCCCCACGCCUUCCUCCUGUGCGUCACUGUGGACCGGCCGGCCGACGUGGUGCUGAGGUCCCUGGGGCCCCUGGAGGAGGCCUUCGGGCCUGGCGCGGUGCGGGCCCGCACCCUGGUGCUGUUCACCCACAGCGACCGUCUGGAGGAGAGCCAGGAGGGGGCGCAGGGAGUGGAGGACUACAUCGUCACCCGCCGCGCGGACCUGGUGGCGGUGGCGGAGAAGUGCGGAGACCACUUCCACGUGUUAGAGAUGGGGGGCGGGGGCGGGGCCGAGGACGGGGCUGCGGGUGGGGCGGAGAGCGUCGAGGCGGUGGAGCUAAGCGUUAGGGAGUUGCUGGAGAAGGUGGAGCAGAUGGUGGGGGAGGCCGGGAAUGCCCACUACACCAGCAGCCUCUUCCAGCAGGCCGAGGCCAGGGUGAAACAGAGGCAGGAGGAAAUCAUGAAGGAGAGGAGAGAAAGAAGAGGGGAAGAGGUGGAAGAAGAGUGGGAAGAGGAGGAGGAGCGGGAGAAAGCGAGGGAUGAAGCGGAGAGGAGUGCGGGUGACCUCCAGCUGGACAAAGUGCCCUCCCUCUGGCUCUCACACUCCGACACUCCUCCUUCUUUUCUGCACUCUGUCUUCAAUACCCUGGCCGGCUGGCUGAGGAGCUUUCUCAAAUUCGUACAGGGCGGGGCCUUGCUGGGUGGGGUCGUCCGGGUGCUGGUCGGGGGGCCCCUGGGGGGCCUUUUGGGAGCGACUGUGGGCUCAGUAGCGACAGAGGUGGGGAAACGAAAGCACCUAAAAAAGCAGUAAAACUUGAGAAAGACGUUGAAGUGCUGUUGCUUAAGGGCAGUGAUAAUUAUAUUUACGCUUUAAUGUGCAUUAUUACCUUGGUCUCAUUAACCCAGUGGUGUCAAACUCCAGUCCUGGAGUGCCACAGUGUCUCCAGGUUUUUGUUGUUUCCUUUCAAUCAGCAACCAAUUUAGGCCUUGAAAGACUGUUCAGCCAAUCAGUAGCUUAAAUGAAGCACUUAAAGAGCACCUUUAAUUAGCGUUCUGUAAGAAGUGACCAUUGAUAAUCACUGUUUUUCAUACUUAGAGGUGGGUUUAGGCUGGGGAUGGUGCUGGAUGCACAUUCACCUGCGCGAUGUUUCCAGGCUUGUUGUCUGCUACUUUAAAAUUCAGGAGUAAAGAGCAAAUGUAGGUAUCCACUUAAUAUUUAGUGGCAUGACACUGCUUUAGCAAAUACUACUCAUGCUGCUAUUUUGACACUGGUGUUUUUGUGUUUGAGCAUUUAUGGAAAUUGAUCCCUGAUACUGGAUGAGAGGGUUAUGCACUCAUCUCUCAGGCCCGAUUGUUUUAUUUGUUUCUUUUAAUAUUUUAAAUUAUUUUACUCGUAUAUAUUUGGAACUGUUAAUCCAUACCAUCCCUUUAACACCCAAGUUGCGUCUCUCUUGAGAAAUUAUGCCAGUGUUUCAUUCUAUUAUAUUGUAAGGGGAAUGUUGGAACAUACAUUGCUUUUUGGCUGUUUUCGAACAUGUAAUGUAAGACAUGUGCUAUAUGUUGCAUUGCAUGACUAAAUUUAUGAUCUAAGGAUGAGUUUAUAAAUGCUAGCAAUUAUGUUUAAAUAUUUCACUGGCUACCAUGAACGGAUUCCAAAAACAUACCCCUAAUCCACCAUGUAUCAGAGUGAUCUUCACAUUGUUUAACAUUUAAUAUGCUUACUGUUGUGAUGUAUUUUAUUAUAUCCUGAAACUCUUUCAGCAGUGAGUCACUUUAUUUUUGCAUUUUCUUUUGACACUAGAUGGAGCCAAAGUGUCACAUUUGCCAUAUGAAUCAUUAUGUGCCCUAUGGCUUUCCAAUCAGUUCUGAUUUCAAGCUUUUUGGGGAAAAACACACAAAAACACAUUUUCAGCGUACUGCAUGCACAGCACGUUAAAACAAGUUCUAACGCACUUAUGAGAAUACCGACACAGUGUUGUACCGUACAGGUAAAUGCACUUAAUGUCUACAAGAGUUCAGUGGAGUAUGAGGGUGUGUGCGUUUUACAUACAACUGUAUCUCAUUCCAUGCUUCUUAGAUGCACACUAGUUUACCGGUGCUGGAUGUGGGAUUCCAGACAGAGGAUAUGGGUUCAUAAUCAGUAGGCUGCAGGUUCGAAUCAUUGGCGACUGCUACAUGACCUGUGAUCAUGGUGCCUAAACCUGAAUUAUUUCAGUGGAUGUCCAGCAGCAUGAACGGCUGGUGUAUAAAAGCUACAAAGUCUGUAUGUUGUGCUCGACAAGGGCUUCUGCUGAGAACAUGAAAUAAAGAAUAAAAAGAUUAUGCCCAGAAA